CAGCCAUAGCAGGAGCCUUCAGUGUGAGCCAGGGUUCCUCUUGGAGAAUCACAGCCACCGGUCCAGGGGCAGAAAGACAGGAAGAAAGUGGGGUGAAGAUCUUAACCUGAAGCCCGACAACCUUUUUCAUCCGAGUAGUCUCAGCAAGACAAUAUACAGUAUAUAUCUUUCUCCCAAGAGAAUACAGGAUUUCUUCUUUCUGUAGGUUUAUUUAUUUGAAGCUGUUUUUAAAGCGCUAAGAACUUCUGCAGGUGCGAAACAGGAUCUGAUUCUUAAGCAACAUGACAACCCAAAUAGACACUGCCCUACAUUACAACUAUGAAUAUGAAGAGGAUGAGUACAUGAAUCAAGAGGAAGAAUGGGACAGGGACCUGCUCCUGGACCCUGCAUGGGAGAAACAGCAAAGGAAGACAUUUACAGCCUGGUGCAAUUCCCACCUUAGGAAAGCUGGCACCCAGAUUGAGAACAUUGAAGAGGAUUUCAGGAAUGGCCUUAAACUCAUGUUGCUCUUGGAAGUAAUUUCAGGGGAAAGACUUCCAAAACCAGACAGAGGAAAGAUGCGUUUCCAUAAAAUUGCAAAUGUCAACAAAGCCCUGGAUUUUAUAGCCAGCAAAGGUGUCAAACUGGUCUCAAUUGGUGCAGAAGAAAUCGUAGAUGGUAAUGUGAAAAUGACCCUCGGUAUGAUUUGGACUAUCAUCCUUCGUUUUGCUAUUCAAGAUAUUUCAGUAGAAGAGACAUCUGCCAAAGAAGGGCUGCUGUUGUGGUGUCAGAGGAAAACAGCACCUUACAGAAAUGUGAACAUUCAGAACUUCCAUCUUAGCUGGAAAGACGGCCUUGCCCUUUGUGCACUUAUCCAUAGACAUCGACCUGAUCUCAUUGACUACUCCAAGCUAUCUAAGGAUGACCCACUGGGAAAUAUAAACCUUGCUAUGGACAUUGCUGAAAAGCAUUUGGAUAUUCCAAAGAUGUUGGAUGCAGAAGAUAUUGUGAAUACCCCCAAGCCUGACGAGAGAGCGAUCAUGACUUACGUUUCCUGCUUCUACCAUGCAUUUGCUGGAGCAGAGCAGGCGGAGACAGCAGCUAAUCGGAUUUGUAAGGUACUUGCUGUGAACCAAGAAAAUGAAAAGUUGAUGGAAGAGUAUGAAAGACUAGCAAGUGAGCUUUUAGAGUGGAUUCGUCGCACAACUCCUUGGCUGGAAAACCGCACACCAGAAAAAACAAUGGCAGCAAUGCAGAAGAAGUUAGAAGACUUCAGAGAUUAUCGCAGGAAGCACAAGCCUCCCAAGGUCCAAGAAAAAUGCCAGCUGGAGAUCAAUUUCAAUACACUGCAGACAAAAUUGAGGAUCAGCAACAGGCCAGCUUUCAUGCCAUCAGAAGGGAAGAUGGUUUCGGAUAUUGCCAGUGCUUGGCAAAGACUUGAGCAGGCAGAGAAAGGCUAUGAGGAGUGGCUGCUGAAUGAAAUACGACGGCUUGAGCGAGUUGAACAUCUGGCUGCCAAAUUUAGGCAAAAAGCUUCUUCACAUGAAACAUGGGCGUACGGCAAAGAGCAGAUUCUGCAGCAGAAGGAUUAUGAGGCGGUCUCUCUGACAGAGAUCCGAGCUUUGUUGAGGAAACAUGAAGCUUUCGAGAGUGAUUUGGCUGCUCACCAGGACAGAGUGGAACAGAUCGCUGCCAUUGCCCAGGAGCUGAAUGAACUGGACUACCAUGAUGCUGCAAGUGUCAAUGAUCGGUGUCAGAAGAUAUGUGAUCAGUGGGACAGGCUGGGGACACUCACUCAGAAACGGCGAGAAGCACUGGAGAGAACAGAGAAGCUGUUGGAAACAAUUGAUCAACUUCACCUGGAGUUUUCUAAGAGAGCUGCUCCGUUCAACAACUGGAUGGAAGGUGCAAUGGAAGACUUGCAAGACAUGUUUAUUGUUCAUAGCAUAGAAGAAAUUCAGAGUUUAAUCACUGCCCAUGAGCAGUUUAAGGCUACUCUACCUGAGGCGGAUGGUGAAAGGCAAGCCAUCCUAUCAAUCCAUAAUGAAGUAGAGAAAGUGAUUCAGAGCUACAGCCUCAGAAUAAGCUCCACCAAUCCUUACAGCACAAUCACUAUAGACGACAUCCGCACCAAAUGGGAAAAGGUAAAACAACUUGUGCCUGUACGGGAUCAAUCACUGCAGGAGGAGCUGGCCCGUCAACAUGCAAAUGAACGCCUUCGCCGCCAGUUUGCUGCUCAAGCCAAUGUCAUUGGCCCCUGGAUCCAGAACAAGAUGGAGGAAAUUGCUCGAACCUCCAUUGAUAUAACAGGACCAUUAGAGGACCAGAUGAAUCAAUUAAAACAGCAUGAGCACAAUAUAAUCAAUUACAAACCCAAUAUCGACAAGUUGGAAGGAGAUCAUCAGCUGAUACAAGAAGCCCUGGUGUUUGAUAAUAAGCAUACCAACUAUACAAUGGAGCAUAUUCGGGUUGGAUGGGAGCUAUUGUUGACCACUGUUGCUCGAACUAUCAAUGAAGUCGAGAAUCAGAUUCUUACAAGAGAUGCCAAAGGAAUCACCCAGCAACAAAUGAAUGAAUUUAGGGCAUCAUUUAAUCACUUCGACAGGAAGAAGAAUGGGCUUAUGGACCAUGAUGAUUUCAGAGCCUGCUUAAUUUCAAUGGGUUAUGAUUUGGGUGAAGCGGAGUUUGCCCGAAUCAUGUCUUUAGUUGACCCCAAUGGUCAGGGAACCAUUUCCUUCCAAUCAUUUAUUGACUUCAUGACCAGAGAGACAGCAGAUACUGACACUGCUGAACAAGUUAUUGCUUCUUUCAGGAUCCUAGCUUCAGAUAAGCCUUAUAUUCUUGCAGAUGAGUUACGUCGAGAACUGCCACCUGAACAAGCUCAGUACUGCGUCAAGAGAAUGCCAGCCUACAAGGGUCCAGGGGCUGUUCCUGGAGCACUGGAUUAUACCUCAUUUUCCUCAGCACUGUAUGGUGAAAGUGAUCUGUAAUUGGCUAUGGUCACAGAGCAGUGCUGAAGUUUAAAAUAUGCAUUACACGCUAUUUUCCAGCUUGCUCCUUGAAAAGUCUGGAAAUCUGAUUUUAAAACAAAUGUAUUAAGUUUAGCAGGUACAUUCGGUAAGCAAGCGUAUCAGAAUGGGAAACAUGUGGCCCUCCAGAUGUUGUCCAGCUGCCACUCUCAUGAUGCCGCACUGUUGGGUCUGCUGACUAGGACUUAUGGGAGAUAUGGUCCGACAACAUUUAGAAGGCCACAUCUCUCCCAUCUGCCAACCAAACUAUAUAAAGCGUGCACUGUUUAAAGGGAUUAUUUUGUUCGUAUUUAGUUUGUGAAUCUUUUGCAAUUACAAACUGCACCAGCUCAGUGCCUUACCUGCUUGUUUUCAAAAGGAAAAACAAGCCCACAGGAAAUAAUUCUCACGGUGUCAAGUUAGGAAGCCUCAGGAAGAAUGAAAUGUCCAAACCGUUUGAAAUCCAAACCCAGCAUAGUUUUAAUAUUCAUGAAAUGCUUUCCUUAAGAAUUCUUCAUGCUUUAUGCAAGUCUCUCAAAAUCUCCCUUCAGGUGUCUCCUUUUUGCUUUCAUGCCACGGUAAUGCUUUCAUCUGUGGAUAUCAGAUUUGGUAGACUUCGGGAGGUGGAGUUGCAUAUACGAGAAAAACAAGAAAACGAAUCAAAACAUGGCUAAUUCUGAAGCACUCUUUUAUUGGCUUUUUAAAUUGCAAAAUUAAUUUGAAUCCGAGUUUCAUUUUUUUAUUGGUAUAAAGUCACAGAUCUUCACAGUUUAUUGCCAAGUUGAUAAAUUUUAACCUUAACCUUUUAAACAAUACCUGGCUUUUAAUCUGGCUGCUGAAAGGGCACAAAAUUUACAGGAUAUUAUUAGAAAUGUAUGUAAGCUCAAAGAGUUUGCUCUCUCUUACAUUUGGUCUUGCAGAAUGCUGAACAUACAGCUACUUAUGGUGGUUUGUUAUUAAUAGUUUUCAUCUUAGCAACCUGUAGAGAGCCGGGAUGGGGAACUGUGGACCUCCAACUGUUUUUGGUCUGCAACUCUGAUCAGCUCUACUUACGGUAGGCUAAACCAAUAAUGAGAAACUAUGGGAAUUGCAAUCCGAAAACAUCAAAAUGGACACAGCUGCCUACUCCUGCUGUAGAUCAAUACAUUUUUCUACUUGAAACUAGCAGUCACAGGGGAAAAUAUUGGUAAAAGCAAACCAACGCAUUUGCAAAUGCCUGCAAUGCUGUAUAGUCCACUACCAUUAAAAUGUGCUUUAAUAAAGCCUGCUUUUCAAACCUC